CUAAGUAACCCAUCUAACCCACUUGGCACGGUUCUUAACAUAUCCGCUCUUAAAUCUUUACUAUCUUUUGUUACUCAAAAGAAUAUUCAUCUUGUAUGUGAUGAGAUAUACGACGGUACAGUUUUCAAAAAACCUCGAUUUGUUAGUGUCUCCGAGGCACUACAUCAAACCGAGGGUGUGAAUAAAAACCUUGUACACAUUAUUUAUGGUUUGUCGAAGGAUUUGGGCCUCACAGGUUUCAGGGUUGGGAUUGUCUACUCUUACAAUGAUUAUGUCGUGAAUAGUGCUAGGAAAAUGUCUAGCUUUGGACUUGUUUCUACUCAAACUCAGUACUUGAUUGCAUCGAUGUUGUUAGACGAUGAUUUCGUCGAUGGGUUUCUCGAUGAAAAUGUGAAAAGGUUGGGAAGUAGACACAAGUUGUUCAUUGAAGGGCUCAUGGAAGAUGGAAUCAAGUGUUUGGAGAGAAAUGCGGGUCUUUUUUGUUGGAUGGACUUGAGACACAUGUUGAAAGGGGGCACCACCCAAGAGGAAAUAAGUCUUUGGCAAGUUAUUAUCAACCAAGUUAAACUCAAUAUUUCACAAGGCUCUUCUUUUCAUUGCUCGGAGCCUAGAUGGUUUAGGGUUUGUUUCGCUAACAUUGAUAAUGAGACCGUGAAAAUUGCACAAAAGAGAUUUGGAAAGUUCGUGAGAGACGAUAGGGUUAACAAAGAAAGAGAUCUGAAAAUUGCGACAAAAUAA